AUGGAUUGUUGGGGACUGACGGGUCCAGCUACCGAUCGCCUCGUGACACUUACUCCGACCGCCACGACUGUCACGACGACUCGGCCGACCAUCCUCAACCUCGAGACCAACGUCCUCGUAUGGGGGACCGAACAAGAAAGCGAGGGCAGUGCUGGACAGCCGGGCCUCAUCAUAGGACCGAGCACAGUCAGGGCUUCGAACACGAUGGGAGAAGAACCCGGUGCUACAGGAUCGGCGCAACAGCAGAUAGAGCAGAACAGUCUCCUACUGCAGAUAGUCUCUCAGAUCGGGCGCGCACCAUCGAAUGUGCAGCCAGCUCAACCCGCAUCUCCUGCGACAGAAAACCCUGGUCAAACUGUAGCGCCCAUCAAUAACCAUAAUGGAGGUGAUAGUGCGCUUGCCCAGCCAGCAACCACUCCCGACUCUGGCAUGGCGAGCAAUACGGACAUGAUAUCUCCACCACAAACAGCGCCAGCAGUAGCCAUUGGCGAAUUUGUAUAUGGAACACAGACGUUAACGCUUACGGCUGGUCUUAGCACCAACAUCGGGAGCAACUUCUUCCCUACCUUUGUAGGGUUAACGACUGACGCCGAAGGUAACACUUUGGUCUCGGUCUUUUCGGACGGAACUGCUGUCAUUGCCACUGUGCGUGUUGCGCCUACUACAAUGGUUGUACCAAGAUCUGGCUUCGAAGCAAGUACCACUGAUGCUGCAAAUCCUGGUGAGCAAACUGGCGGUUUGGCUACUACCUCCAGCAAGGAGGCUGGAGCAGGGAGGAGGCGUAAACUGGAGUGGUGGAUGGGUGCCGUUUUGGGCGCACUUAGCUUCGGAGCGAUGUUAUAG